AUGCUGAAUUUACUCAUUGCUGUGAUCAGCGACACUUACGAUCGAGUCAAUGAAAACAUGGUAUCACGCCUGAAUCGCGCAAGGGCAGCCCGGAUUGCCGAACUGGAACGAGCCUACGGAAAACUCUGCAUGUGUGGCUUCUUGAUGAUCCUUCACCCAGCUCAUGGCUCGGACACAGCAGGUUGGCAAGGAGCAGUUGCAGUGAUUCCAAAGAGGACUCAUAAAAUGCUACAAGGAGAGCUAAAGGACGUCAAAGGAGAGCUGAAAGCAGAGCUGAAAGAUGUCAAAGAUGCGCAAGGAAAACUGGAGGGAGAACUCAAGGAAAUUCGCAAAGUCCUGGAAGACCUUUCAGACAAAUUAUGA